GGGGGAGAAGCGAUUAGAGAACCUGCCCCGACAGGAUUGGUAUGACUUGUGCUUGAAUGGGAAGCAGCAUGGAAGGAUCCAGCUUUGGGAUAGACACAAUUUUGUCCAACGCCGGCGCAGUCAGUCCCGGCAUGCUCACUGGUGACUUUAGGGAUGUCAGGGCUACGGAUUUUAGAGGCCAGGGACCCCUGUCACCUGAUUCGGAGAUAGACUCUGUGGGGAGCUCCCCAUCCUCGCCCAUAUCAGUCACUAUGGAACCGGUAGAUCAGCACCGGCUAGUGGACAGCGUCCAUCACUCAGCGCAGCACUUGCAGCACCUGCACCCCAGUCAUCAGCAGCAUCAGCAGCAGCAGCAAUCUCCCCAGCAGCAACUGCCUCCCCAGCACGGCUCUGCCCCCAGGACUUCUACCUCUUCCUUUCUAAUUAAAGACAUUUUGGGGGACAGCAAACCCUUGGCUGCCUGCGCCCCAUACAGCACAACCGUUCCCUCUCCUCAUCACACUCCCAAACUGGAAGGCAAUGGCUCUUCGGAAACUUUCCGGCCCAAACUAGAACAGGAGAUGCAAGAUGCCAAAGGGAAGGUAGACAAGAUCCGGGAAGACUUGCAUACAGACUUCAAAGGGCACGGCACUAAAGAAGAGGGCGAUCGGGAAAUUACAAGCAGCCGGGAGAGCCCCCCAGUACGAUCCAAAAAGCCCAGGAAAGCCAGGACAGCCUUCUCAGACAAUCAGCUCAACCAGCUGGAGAGAAGCUUUGAGCGACAGAAGUAUCUCAGCGUUCAGGAUCGCAUGGACUUGGCAGCAGCCCUCAACCUGACAGACACGCAGGUCAAAACGUGGUACCAGAACAGGAGGACCAAGUGGAAGAGGCAAACUGCGGUUGGAUUGGAGUUACUAGCCGAAGCCGGCAAUUAUUCAGCCCUGCAGAGAAUGUUCCCAUCACCCUAUUUCUAUCACCCGAGUCUUCUGAGCAGUAUGGACAGUACCACAGCGGCUGCAGCAGCCGCAGCAAUGUACAGCAGUAUGUACAGGACUCCCCCUGCCCCCCACCCACAACUACAGAGACCCUUGGUCCCCAGGGUACUUAUCCAUGGUCUGGGCCCAGGGGGGCAACCAGCUCUGAACCCUCUUGGAAACCCAAUCCCAGGUACCCCUCUCACCCGGUGAAACACUAUCUAUUUACCGAAGCAGCACAGAGUCACCAUUGCAGUACUCCAAAAAAAAGGACAUCAGAACCGGAGACAGAUGAGCUUAGUGAUGGGAGAGAGACAGAGGAUCC